AUGAGUCUUUACAUUGGUCGCGAGGCUUCCAAGUUGUGGAAGAGAAUUUGUGCGGAGACGACAACAGAGAUCAAUUUACUUGCAGAUAAUUGGAAAUAUGUUCUUGGAGGUUUAAUUUUUCAGUACAUACAUGGUUUGGCUGCCCGAGGAGUUCAUUAUCUACACCGGCCAGGGCCAACAUUGCAGGAUGUUGGGUUCUUUCUUCUUCCGGAGCUUGGGCAAGAUAAAGCCUACAUUAGCGAGAUGGUGUUCACCUGUGUCUUUCUAUCCUUUGUUGCGUGGACUUUCCAUCCCUUCAUCUUCAAGAGCAAAAAGGUCUACACAGUUCUAGUUUGGUGCAGGGUUCUAGCAUUUCUAGUUGCUUCUCAAAUUCUCCGGAUCAUCACAUUCUACUCCACCCAGCUUCCAGGUCCAAACUAUCAUUGUCGUGAGGGUUCGAAACUUGCCAGGUUGCCACAUCCACAGAGUGCAUUUGAAGUACUCUUAAUUAAUUUUCCUCGGGGCAUCACACAUGGUUGUGGCGAUUUGAUUUUUUCAUCACACAUGAUAUUUACUCUAGUCUUUGUCCUCACAUAUCAGAAGUACGGCACAAAAAGGUGUAUAAAGCAGAUAGGUUGGUUGAUUGCUGUAGUUCUGAGCUUUUUAAUUAUAGCAUCACGCAAGCAUUACUCCGUUGAUGUUGUUGUAGCGUGGUAUACAGUUAAUCUAGUGGUAUUCUUUCUAGACAAGAAAUUACCAGAACUACCUGAUCGAACUGCUUCUUUGUUGUUGCCAUUGAGUACCAAAGACAAGGAUAGCAAGACUAAAGAAGAGAACCACAAGCUCUUGAAUGGCAACUCAGUAGACCCUGCAGAUUGGAGGCAGAGAACCCAAGUCAAUGGCAAGAUUUUGGAUGAUGCCAAUUUAGUCCAUGCUGAUGCCACUGCAAUGAAUGGUGCAUAG